AUGAGACCAGUAGACGAAGAAAUUGAACAGUAUAAUGAUCAAUUAGAUGUUAUAGGAUUACCUAUUAUGACCCGAUCUCAGUUAUCGGUAUUCAACGGUCGUACUAAUGAAAAGAUAUACGUGGGGAUCAAAGGAUUGAUCUAUGAUGUUCUGGCUAAUGCUAAGAGUUAUGGCCCUGAAAAGAGUUAUAAUGCUUUGGCAGGUAAAGAGUCUACAAGAUUGUUGGCUUUGAAUAAACUUAAAGAUGAUGGUAUCAAUAAUACUUGGUAUAUAGAUGAUUUAAGUGAGAAACAGUUAGCUAGUCUUGACAAAUGGAUAGAAUUCUUCCAUAAGAGAUACCGGAUAAUUGGAGUGAUAGGAGAUCGCGAGGACUAG